AUGGCGCUGGCGCCCAAGUUGGGAUGGCGGCUGUUGAGCGCCAACCUGCAAGAGUUGCACUUGAGGCACGCUUUGACGUGUGGACAAGCGUUUGGAUGGAGCCACUUGAGUCUUGAACCAUCACAGGAACCUGUCAUUGACAAGGUGGACGCUGCUGCGUUCGAGCCACCCGCCAUCACGGACCAAGUUGGUGUGCCAGCUUUUAAUGAGGCGUUUGCAACCGUGCUGGCUGGUCGCGCCGUCAUUUUACGUCAUGCUCGGUUACCCAGUGGUCCGGCGGUCGUGUAUGCAGUGUUGCCCUUGGAGGGCACCGCACCUGAAUUGCAAAAUGAGCCGGUGAAUGCGGCUCAAUUGUCUCCCAUCCCAGAGGAAGCCUCGAUCUACCAUGCUUUGCGCGAUUAUUUUCAGCUUGAUGUUUCUCUGUCUCGCCUUUACGCCACUUGGGCGGCCGCUGAUCCCCGAAUGAAGACCAUUGCUGAUCAUUUACCCGGCCUUCGGGUGCUGCGCCAGCCACCCUUUGAAUGCCUCAUCUCCUUCAUCUGCUCCUCCAACAACAACAUUGGCCGCAUCACUUUGAUGCUGGACCGCUUGAAACAGCACUAUGGUCAACCGGCUGGCCAGCUGGCCACGGGCCAAAUCCUGUAUUCCUUUCCCACUCUCACGUCCCUGAGUCAAGCUGGCGAAGCUCAUUUGCGUGAACUUGGUCUGGGCUAUCGGGCCAAGUUUAUUACAGAGACGUGUCAGGCCCUGCAGCGCUUGGGAGGCGAGCCCUAUCUCGAGCGUCUGCGAACGCAGCCCUACGCACAAGUGCAAGAGAUUGGCGCAAUACCCGUGGACACGCACGUUUGGCAGAUUGCGGUGAGGGACAUGGACAAGGAGCUGGCUCAUGCCCGCUCGCUGACACCCACGAUAUACAAGCGGGUUGGCGACCUUUUCCGUGCUCGAUAUGGUUCCUACGCGGGAUGGGCACAUAGCCUGCUGUUUGCAGCUGAACUGCCUGCCUUUGCACCUUGCUUGCCGAGCGAAUUAGUAGCAGAUAUCAAGGCGUUCCGCCUUGCAGAAAAGGCCGCCAAGACGGAGCAAAAGCGUGCUCGUAAAGAUGCGCAAGGUCAGCCGGACACCCCGUCGCCGUCGAAGACCAAGUCCAUCAAAACCACAACUCGUCGAAUGCCUGCCAAGUCCAAAGGCGUGACCUCUUCGCCCAAGCGCCCCGCCCGGCAGAGUCGUGUGGACUUGGCAAGCACCAACGUCGCCACGACUGCCCGCACAACACGAGCUCAACGCCGACGCUAA